UUCUUCUACAAAUGAGAGCUAUGUUCCGACUAUGCUUCAUUGUCUUGGCAAUAACUGUGCUUGCUUCGACGGCAAAUUUAUUUUGUACACUAAAGUGUCUAAAAAUUGGAGUGCAACACGGCGCUUGUGUAAACCCGAAUGGCCGACUAAGCGGCGACUGUCCACCAACGACUAGAAUACUCAACAUGAAUACGAAUGGCUAUAAGAAAUUCCUACUACAUCAGCAUAAUCAAUUGCGCAAUACAAUUGCUGCUGGCCGCGUAGCUAAACUGCCGCAGGCGAAUAGAAUGGGCGAGGUCUUUUGGGACCGCCAAUUGGGUUUUCUCUCUGUCUUUAGUAGCAAACGUUGCAGUCUAAGUGAUCCGUAUUGCUAUCGCACUGGUUUGCUGGCGAAUCCGGGACGUGUUGCCAAGAUAUUUCAAUUCCCUAACAAAAGUGAAGUCAAGCCAGCUAAUGUGAAAUUGAAAAUUGGUGAAUGGUUUAAGGAAAUCAAUGAAACGGCCAACGCCUUCGAGGAUUUAUUUCCACCGCAUGCGAACAAAGUUUUGAAUGUCGCACACAUUAUUCACGAGGAAAAUAAUCGCAUUGGUUGCUCCUUGUCGCAUUGGACGAGUAAAGAUGCCAAUGAAACGCUUAUGUUGGUUUGUCUCUAUGCAACCGAUUUAAAAAACAAUUCACCACUAUAUUCUCUGGGUCCACCGGCCAGUAGAUGUCUCUCAAAAUGGAGUAUUUUAUAUAGAAACCUAUGCAGUAUUAAUGAGGAUUAUGAUUAUUCUGAAGGCCUAACUCAGGGUAUAAAUACACAUGCAACAGUUGCAGUGCCUUUCUAUAAAAGAACGGGUUCAACUCAUAGUGGAUAAGCAAUUCAUGGUGGAGAACAAGUAUCAAUAGUCGUGUUCGUUUCGCCAUUUCUCUGCCGAGUUUAAUCCAUAGAGGUUAAAACAAGAUUUGAUAGUCGUGUUCGUUUCGCCAUUUCUCCGCUUGCUAUGCUUAAGCUCUACUUUAAAAGUGUGCUAGUUGAAAACAAUACAAAAGAUGUGGUGUAUAACUGUUUGUAGUAGCAGAACUGUUAUAUAGUAUAUCUAUUUUAUUCGUAUUUCAUUAAUACUUUCGUUGCUUGUUCGAUACGCAACUCGCGAUUGUCU